AUAAUCAUAUAAAUGUUAAUCGAUCAUCAGAUAAUGAUCAACAACGAAUUUUAUGUAUUCGAGUAGAAAAUAACGAAGCAGCCGAAUCUAUUCAAGAUUUAUUAGUGAAACAUGCAUCAAUUUUUAGAGAUAUUCGAAUUAUUGAUUUAAAAGAACUUAUACAAUUUAUUCAAUCACGAACCACAACAACAACAAAUAUAACUUAUGAAGAUGCUUCGACAAUGACAAAUAUUGAUCAUAUGUGUCAUCAAAUAACAUCUUGUGCUAGUUUUAUUACACAAAAUGAGAAUGUACGUCGUUUGAAAGCAUUAGAAUACAUUCGAAUAUUUCUUGAAAUGAACAAAGAAGAAUUUUUUAAUUAUCUUAUCAAUGAAGAACAUCUUUGUCAACAAAAAACAUUGACUAUCUAUCAAAUGAUAAAACUAUUUCUUAAAGCUAUUUAUCAAUCAGAACAUGAACAGAAACAAACUAAUAUCGGAAAUUUUUGUCGUCCUGUUAAUUUAUCACCUACUCGAUAUUUUCAAUUUCAAACAUUUUUAUCUUUACUUCAAUUAAAUGAAAAACAAUUACUUGUUAUUAAUUGUUAUGCAUCACCUCUUCAAUUAAGAGUUUGA